UUUCCUUAACCAACAGCAACAACACACGAAGACGCACAUGUAUGCAGACAUUAUAUAUAUGCAUCACAUGAUCAUCCCCAUAAAAUAAAUAUACAACAACACAUUCCAAUCACAAAGCCAGCCAUUGCAACAUUUGAUAAUUCUUUUGAAGUCCCAGAAAAUGCAAGCAACCUCCCUAUGCUCCCAUAUGUUUCUAUCAUACCCUCUUCCAGCCAAUUUGUUGCAGCGUAGUGCACCACACAAGUUGUUCAGUGAUGGCACCACCACUCGUAGGAGUUUAAUCUAUGCAUCAAAAAGAGACCCUUUUGGGCACCAUUAUGAUGGAAAUUUGGUGGAUGAGAACAUGAUCCUUCUUAGAAUGCGAAUUCGUGAGAUUGAGAUGGUGGAAAUGAAGGGUAAAGCUACUUCGGAUUGGAGCGUAUGGGAGAAGAAGUAUUUUGCUGAGAAUUAUGGUUCGGAUGUAUGUGAAGCAGUUGGAUUGUUGCAAAGAGUGUUAAUGAACACCAGACCUUCUUUUGCAUUGGGUAUGCUAGCUCUUGUCAUGCUAAGCAUGUCCAUGUCAACGUUGCAAGUUGGGUUUCAUUUAAUAGAAUUUGCCAAGGGAAUCAUAUGAUAUAUAUGAUCUGAAAGGCCUUUUGCAUGCAUUAAUCUAAGAUCCAUUCGAAACGAUCAAGCACAAAUUGGAAAAUUCACAUUGACAGCACAACUUCCGGUCAAAGCUGGGGCCAUGGAUUGCGGUCACAAAUAUUGUUUAUAUUUUUCUUAUUUUGUUGAAAAAAUGUUGUUCAUACUUAUCAUGUGUAAAAAUAACAAAAUUCUUUAUGUAGUAAAAAAAAUUUAAAUAGUAUUCUUUGAAAUUGAAAGUAA